GUACCUUGUGUGCCAGAGCCUCAUCAACCGCGGUCCGACACAAUUUCCUACCCCCAUCUGUCACGGUUUGAACAUUUAUACAGCCCUAUCAACAAUAUCACUGGAGUAUCGCAAAUUAAAGGAAGUAAAGCAACCCGAGAAUGGCACUCAUCACGAUCUCCGGCUACCCGUCUUCUGGAAAAACAAGAAGGGCCGAACAGAUCAAAGCACAUUUGCAGGCUCGUCUACAAGACCCAAACUACGCUGGACCUAGGCUGAAGGUGUCCGUGCUCUCUGAUGACGAGCUUAACAUUGAGCGACAUGUGUACAGCGACGGCAGAGCAGAGAAGCCUGCGCGUGCCGCUCUCUUCACGGCGAUCCAGCGACAAUUGAGACAGGAUACAAUUCUGAUCGUGGAUGCGAUGAACUACAUCAAGGGCUUCCGGUAUCAAAUGUAUUGCGCAGCCCGCGAGGCGAAGCUCAGAGUGUGCACUGUGUUCGUCGUGGCGACUCCGGAGUUGUGCAAAGAGUGGAAUGCCGCCCGUGAAGAUGGCCAUGCUUAUGCGCCGGAGAUUCUAGACAACUUGCUACUCCGAUUUGAAGAGCCGUCGUCGAUGGUGCGGUGGGACUCGCCCCUGAUGACCGUGCCAUGGACAGAUGAGGACGUACCUGCCGACGAGAUAUGGAAAGUGAUUACUGCAGGCAUAGUCAAGCCGCCGAACGCCGGCACCCAAGCUGUUCCCAAGGCUCCAACCGACGCGCUGCGAACGCUGGAGAGCACAGCCGCCGCGAUGGUUGCCGCGAUCAUGGCAGAGCAGGCUGCGCUGCAAGGCGCCGGCGGGCCCGUCACACUUUCCCUCGGUGCGUCGCUGAGGCCUCGUCUGAUCCUCCCUGCCCGCAAUAUCACGCUCUCAGAGCUGCAACGGCUCAAACGGCAGUUCGUGACUGUCCAUAAGAAAGUGAUCACGCUCGGGACUACGGAAAAGGGUACCAUGGACUGGAGCGAGGACAGUGUUGCGGACAGGUUUGCUGCCUAUAUCGAGGCUAACCUC